CGCUGUGGUGCUGCAGCCACAAAAGACGACGAAAGCACUCCUCGCACACUGUCCGCCCAUCGCUCACCCCCAUCACUGACUUGAUUCUUGUGAACAAGCCUUUCUUUCGCUUGCACGGACAGUGUGACAUAGAGGGCACAUCCAAACCGCGUGCUCGAGAUGUGGCUGGCUGCCAGGCUGGCCACGUACUUCCCUGUCCUGUUCGUGACUGGGGUCUGGGCGUGGUCGUACUACGCUUACAUAGUUGUCCUCGUCGGAACGUUGAUUGACAAUGUGUUUGUGGCGGCCGUGUAUGGCCUCACGUUUCACAUGCUGAGCUUCCUCUUCUUGGCACCAUACUACCGCGCCGUCUUUGAGCCGUUGCCUUUGAUUCAAUCCAAAUUUGUGCUUUCGCACCAUGAGUUUCGGCGGUUGACACAUGGCGAGCCGUGCCCAGACCUCAAAGACAGGAACCUGCCCAUCAAAAUGCAUGACGGAAGCGGAAGGCUACGGCUGUGUACCAAAUGCAAGAUCAUCAAGCCAGACCGCUGUCGCCACUGCUCCAUUUGCGGCGCAUGCGUGCUCAAGUUUGACCACCACUGCCCAUGGGUUGCCAACUGUGUUGGGUUUCACAACUACAAGUUUUUCUUCCAGUUCCUUGCAUAUGCGACCUUCUUUCUCAUCUUCGUCGCCGCCACCAGCGCCCGAUACUUCAUCCUCUACGUCAACGGGUCGAUUUCGUCAGAUCACGGCAUCCACAUGGCCGCCAUGUGCUUCAUCGCCGUCGUCUUUCUCUUCAGCGUUGGCAGCUUGUUUGCGAUGCACAUCCAUCUCCUCCGCCGUAACGAAACAACAGUAAUGACACGUGUGCGAUCUGUACUGUUAUAG